UCAGAGCGCUCCGUGUUGCGGCGUCGGCUUGUUGCCAUGAUCUCGAGUACCUAAGCGGAGGAAUCCACCAAGAUUGUUUUUGGACGCAAUUUUCCCCCUCCCUGUUGGGUUUUUAAAUAUAAAUAUAAAAAGAAAAAAAAUUUUCCGCCUGAAGUUCUGCUUUGUUUGAGUUUUUUUGUAAUAUUUUAUUCGAUGGCAUCUUGAGAUGAGGGAUUUCUGUGCAACACGCGUGGAUUUUGCACACAAAGACUUGGCAACCUGGACGUACUCGAGCAAACGGUUUUGUGUUCCGGAGUGGCGCGUGUAAGUUUAUUGUUCGACGGUGCUUUGUGUGGAGAUGUUGAGUGGAGAUUUGGUAUUAAAUGGCUUUAUGGUGGGUUGGAGUUCAUAAAUUGACAGUAAACACCCUGCUGUAUUAUUUCCGAGUGGGAAUAUGAGUGCUGAAAGCGAUGCUAACAGUAUCCGGCAAAACAGGCUAACAGGCUUGUUGCAAAACAGGAAAACCCCCAACGCCAGCUUCUGAAAUACUUCACAUUUUUGGGGCAAGAAACCAAAUUAACCAAACAAUUCCUGAACCCAACUUGGAUAACACUGUUAUUAAAGUGUAAACAAAGAUACGAAGCAAGGAGCAGGGUGUAAACAAAGCUGUCAACUCGCACCAUCAACUCACUUGUCCUGAUGUUCCUUGAAUUUCUUAAAGCCUCCGCUGAAUGACCGAACGCCAACCGCUGCCUCCUUCCAAGAGUUUCAUCAGCUCCUGUCCUUGAUUGCAGCCGUUCCAAAAGCGAUGGAAAACAUCGUAAUCCUUGAUGAUGACGAUGCCGAGGAGCCUUCGUCGUCUUUGUUGCAUCCUCCGACUUCUUGCGUGUCCAGCACGUCCAACACGCCUCUCGCCUCUCAGCUGCCAUCAACACACAUCUCAAAGUCUCCAUUUGCUUCUUCCAAAAAGGAGAGUCAUGUCCUAAAAGUGGAGAAUGAAAAGCUCUUUAAUGAGUUUGUAAAUCAUUGCGAGGAACACACUCGAGCACACCCUGAGGUCGUGACUUUCCUGAAGACAAAAUACUCCAAGGCCUUGCCCGACUUCCUGAUGUCCGUGGAGUUCCGGAACGCUGUGGGUCGCUGCCUGACACGAGCCCAAUCGCAAACCAGCAAAACAUUUGUUUACAUAAACGAACUUUGUACCUUGCUUAAACAGCACUCGAGCAAAAGGAGGGUUGUCAUACAGCACUCUAAUGUCAAAAAGCAGGAGAAAACUGACAGCAGAGAGGACAAAGAAAAGGGGAAGACCGACAUGAUAGAGGAAUCUUCUUCAAGGCCGACAGAAACUGGGGAGGAGGAAAGGAAAACCAAACGAGCUUCCAGGAGACAGAUAGCAUAUCUGGAGAACUUGUUGAAGGUUUAUAAUGAUGAGAUCAGACGCCUGCAGGAGGCAGAUUUGAGUUUGGAGGAUCUGGAGAAGGAGGACUCGAACUAUAUCCAGGAGCAUAAACUCAAGCGCAAAAUUAUGAAGAUCUAUGAUAAGCUCUGUGAGCUGAAGAACUGCAGCACACUCACUGGAAGAGUAAUGGAGCAGAGGAUUUGCUUCAGUGGCACUCGUUACCCAGAAAUCAACAAAAAGAUUGAGCGUUUUAUAAACCAACCCGAGGCCAAUCAGAACCCUCCGGAUUACAGGGACAUCCUUCAAGUGGUGAAGCGUGCCAACGAGCGCAGUCAGCUGAUGCUGAGCCGUAAGCAGGAGGCACAGAUUGCUCAGGAGGUGUUCCGCGAGACGGGCAACAGGCUUCAGGAGCGGCGCCACCUUGACAUGGUCUACAACUUCGGCUCACACCUUACAGACUUCUACAAACCGACUGCAGAUCCUGCGCUUUGUGAUUCCGAGUUAUCCCAAAAGCUACGCUCUAACAGAGAGCUGGCUCUCAGUUCCCUAGAGGUGGUCAUCAACAAGUACGCCAACAAACAGGACGAUACGGAGGAGGAGGAGAGGAGAAAACGGCUUGGGAAAGAGAAACAGAAAAAAGAGAAUGGAGAGCAGGAAUCAAUAAAAGCAGAGAACUGUAAAAAGAGCGGAGAUGAAAAUGAAGAGGAGGAGGCAGGGGAAGAGGACGAAGAGGAGGAGGAGGAGGAGGAAGAAGAAGAAGAAGAAGAGGACGAGGAGGAUUCUUCAGAUCCAGAUAUUGACGAGGAGAUCCAGGCCAGUGAAGCACAAGCCAGACCAGAUGAUGAUGAAGACGAGGAGGAAAAUCUGAGCGUUAACGAUGAGCUCGUGCAGCCCAACAGCAACGGCUCGUGUCAGUCAGUUAAAUUACCCGACUGUGGAGAGACAGUUGAGAGCGGCGAUGAAGUUCCACCGUCCGAAAGUAGAACAGAAAAACCGCUCAAACACGAACGUUCCACAGACGUCCCCUCCUCCUCAGACAGCCACAGUCAGACGUGUGGCCCAGACCCUCAGUCUACGGAGGACGUUUUGCUCGUUUCUAACACUUGUCUCUCAGCUGACUCGAACGGCGUCAGUGAAGCUACAGAGAUUCCACCCACCUCCCCUGAGAACAGCGGCUCCUCCCCACUGACUGUGUUUGCCAAUCAUCCCGAGGUGACUAACAAGACGUGUAACAGCAAGAAGAGGAAGCGGGAAUCAAAGAAGAACCACAUCAUCGUUCAAAAUGGCACUAGCAACAGUAAUGCAUCGCUAAACAUUAAAGUGGCCUGUAGCCCCGUGCAAGUGGACUCGACCCGGGCGGACACACCCACUCAGGAUAUGGUCAGCAGCACUCAUGCCUCACCACCCCCUAAAAAGCACAAGGUGCCAGUAAUUCAGGUAGACGUUGCGACCCAGUGUGACCCAGACGCAGUGAUAGUUCUCUCUGAUUCGGACUGAGUCAUUCCUUCUGCUGCCUACCUGGAUGACGAGCUCUUAUUUCCACAACCAUCUGUGCUCCAUAUCGGCGGGUGCUUGACUGUAUAUACACCCAUUCAUUGUCUCUGCCACACGAUUACCUUUUUACACUCGAUCCCACCUUGCUGCACUGCCCGCUCGGCUCAGCAGCACAAUUUCAGGGUAUCUUAACUGGGUAUUUUUUAUUAAAGAUUUCAUUAUUCUAUUGAA